AUGGACGAUAGGCGUCAACUUAUAGACAAUACUGGGACGCUAGAAAGCUCCGGAGAUGGCACAACAGUGUCCGGCUUCAAUGCUUCGGGCAAAAAGGAGGAGAACCAGGCGUUGACUACCUGUCUCGCAAUCGGUAUUGCGCUGCUAUGGCCAUGGAACUGCCUCCUGAGUGCCUCGCUGUUUUUCCAGCAAACGCUCUUCACGGACUCCACGGUAUACGCAGCGAUCUACACUAGUACAAUGAUGACUACUAGCACGGGUGCGAGCCUAGUUUACAAUUUCUACUUAUCGCAGAGGCAGUCUGGCUAUGUCAACCGCGUGAGUCGUGGCUUGGAGUGUCAGGCCGGCGUUUUCGGGGCUCUGUGUGUGUUGGUACUGGCGCAUCGCGCAAUUCCGAUGCCGCUCACAUUUGUGCUGCUCAUGGCACUGGUGUUGCUAAGCUCCCUCGCCACCACAAUGACGCAGAAUGGCAUCAUGGCAAUCACGAACAUCUACGGCCCCAGCUACAGCAGGGCGGUCAUGGUCGGACAGGCAAUAGCCGGCGUGCUACCCUCCGUAGUCAUGUUCGUACUGUCGCUGGCUACCCAGCAGGAGCGCCAGAGUUCCGGCAGUGCCAUCGUGUACUUUCUGAGUACAGUAGGCAUAUCUGUCACCGCAUUACUUCUUUACCGCAGCAGCUCCCUCCAUGCGGGGCUUGUGACUCCCGCCCAGGCCAUCCACGUACCAUUCCGAUUGCUGUACUCGCGCCUGCAGGCCGUCGUACUCUCUAUAUUCAUCACCUUCCUGUUCUCACUGUCUUUCCCCGUUUUCGCCAAUGCGACUUUGGCUGCUGUUCUCCUUCCUAACUCGCAAUUUAUCCCACUGGCCUUCACCAUUUGGAACGCUGGCGAUCUCUUCGGGCGCCUGGUGGCAGAUCGGCCAUGGGUUCAGGCUGCUAGCAUACCCCACAGGCUACUCGCAGCGUCGGCCUUGCGUGGCUUCAUGAUUCCUGUGUUCUUUCUUUUCAAUAUCAAUGGCACUCAUCCUCACUCCGGCCUGCUUUUGGACCUUCUAUAUCUCUUUUGGCAUCUCUUUUUUGGCCUGACUAACGGUUUAUUUAUUACUUUGGCGUUCAUGAGCGUAAGCGCCCUUCUCGACAGCGAUGACCAGCGCAAGGCGGCCAGCGGUUUUACUAACCUCUUCCUGGCCCUCGGUCUAACCUGCGGCAGCAUUUUCAGCUACCUUGUUGUUUUCCUUCUGCCCUCGGUCCACUAG